GUUUGGCUAAAAAUAUGAGUGACGAUGAGGAGCACUACAAUCCAAAGGCUCACAAGAAGCUUCUUACGGCCAUUGGCAGCUUGGGAAGUGUCCAGCACAUACAGAAAUCCACACGAGACGAGCGCCAGACGCGUCAGGAUGAGUUUCAGCUGGUGAAAAGCGUGAGAGCAGCGGCGUCGGAGCACAAACCCAGGGCCGUUGGGCUGAAUGAUCUGGUGCAGAUACUGCGUACCUCCUCCAAGCACGCUCAAACGGGCAAGAAGCUCAAGAAUAUCCAGAGCACCAAGAAAGUGUUGGAGAAGCCGCUGGAAAAGCCAGCAGCGGAUCGCAUUAGGCGCACCAUUGGCUAUGAGGGAGUCACUAAGAAGCUCGGUCGAUGGGAUGCUGUGGUGGCCCAACAGCGCUCGGCAGAGACCCAGAUCUUUCCGAUACCCUCGGAAACAAUUUAUGUCAACACAGCGGCCCAUGCCAAGCCACUGAAGACGAGCAUUCAGUCUGAUUUGGCUAAGGAGCUGGAAGCCAGCAAGCAGAAACUCCACGAGCUUCGCAAAGCACAAAUUGGGGACACUUCGGAUGAGAAGGUCUUGGCGCAACAGGAGCGAGAUCUGCUACAGAAGAAGCUCACUCGCGACGAGCUUUUUGCCCGUCGCAAGGAAUUGGCCUAUCUGAAGAUGCGCGAGUCCCAGAAGUCAGCGAAGGCGCGCAUGCAGAACAAAAUCAAGUCGAAGAAAUUUCACAAACUGCAAAAGCGUCAAAAGAUGCUCGAGCAGAUGAAGGAGUUCGAGCUCCUGCAAAAGACCAAUCCGGAAGCGGCGCUGGAAAAGCUGAAUGCCAUGGAAAAGAUUCGCGUCCAGGAGCGUGCCAGCUUGAGGCACAAGAACACCGGCACAUGGGCCAAGAACUUGCAAGUGCGAGCUAAAUACGACAAGGAUGUGCGUAAGGACCUCGCCGAGCAGCUGGCCGUCAGUCGACAGCUGACGCAGAAACAAAAAGAAUCGGAUAGCGAAACCGAACUGAAUAUUAAGCCAGCUGCUCACGAAGAGGAGGAAAAAGAUUAUGAUCCUUUUAACCCGUGGACAAAGCAAAAAGUGGCCGGAAAAGCUCCUACACAAAAGGCAGCUAGUGAGGAUCCCAAUUGGCGCAAAUAUUGGACAGAGCGCAAUCAGAAUACGAAGUUGUUGGAGGAACAUCGUAAUGAUUUAGAAGAUGUGAAGCCUGCGGAGGACUCUGACGUAGAAGAGGAAUUAAAAUCGGAACCCAAACAGAAACCAUCGAAGAAAAAGGUCAAAAAGCCAAAAGUUUCUUUUCAGAACGGCUGGGAAGUAGAGGAAGUCGAUCCUGAGACCAAUGUAAGAGGCGAGAGCAAAAUUGACGAUAUAUUUGAAGCACACGAAGAGAAAAUGAGGGCAAAGCUGACCAAAAGACUAGCGAGUCUGCAGCAGCGAACUGAUCGACUUAAAGCAGCUCCUGCCAAAAGCAAGAAGGUGAAAAAGAAGAAGGAUAGCUUGAAAAACCUCAAGGAUUUGGCCAUUAAAAAGACAAAACAACGUGUUGAAAUUGAUGAGCCUUUAAACCACGAUGAUGAGCCUCAGCAACAAGUAGACGCCGCCAUUCUGGAGAGUGCUCCGGAAGCUAAAGUGGAUUCAGCUGUGGACACCAUUGACCUCGCUAAUGUAGCAACUUUAGUGUGGACGCAGAAGAAGCGUAGUUCAGGUGCACUCAAUGAUGCAUUAGUGAACGACGAUGAGGCUGAAUACGAUGAGGAAGAUGCUGCGGCGGAGCAUCAGUUGACCAUUAGUCAGGCCUUCGAAGACGAUGACAUUAUAGCCGACUUCAAUAGGGACAAGACCAAGGACUCUGAACUAAAAAACACCGAGCUCCAGCUGGCUAUGCCAGGAUGGGGCUCCUGGGCUGGUGCUGGGAUAUCUCACGAGGUCAUGGAAAGACGCAAUAAGCGACUCUUGCUCAAACUGGCUGCUCCCGAAAAGCGGCGCGAUGACAACAAGGACAAUCUCUUCAUUAACGAGACAAGUACCAAGCAGGCACGGCAGCACAUGGUGUCCAGCGUACCAUUCCCCUUCAGAUCUCUGGCCGACUACGAGGCCAGCAUUCGGGCGCCCAUUGGCAGGAACUUUGUUCCAGAGACGGCCUUCCGAAUGCUGACACGUCCUGCAGUCAUCACACGUAAGGGCCAGGUGAUUGAGCCAAUGGAUGAGAGUGAACUGGUGAAGCCUGAUAGGCGUCUUAGGCAUAUUGUUGAUAAGAGAAUAAAGCGGCUCCCGAAGGUGCCACCCAAGGCCCAGAAAGCUUAGAAUUCAAUUUAAAAUAAAUAGAAGCCGUAAUAAUAAAUAUUAUGCUAUCGACUGUAGCAAUAAAGAUAUCGCAUGCGAAGCGAA